GAUACCCAAGAUGAAAUCCAGCUCCCUUACUUCACAGCAGCCGCAACUUACUGUGCUGAGAGUCAUGCUGGUUUACCAGUUCUGUAAUGCGGUGAUGUCACAGUGCAGGAUUCUCAGAUGCAAUUCUCAGUUUGUUUCUGCUACGUCCCGUCUCGAAGCUUCUUUGAAUGAAGACUACUGCAUUGCCUUACGAUCUUACUCACGCUGUACCCAACGAACUGCUUGGUUCUGCCGCGGGGACCUGGCCUACCACUCUGCUGUGCAAGGAAUUGAGGAUUUAAUGAUCCAGCAUAACUGUUCCAAAGAGGGAGAAGUCACAUUGCCACGGCGACGGGAGCCGGCAGAGAACCAGGAAAAUCCACACCUGCCGGACACUUGCACGUACGAGAAGAGUUUCUUCUUCAAGCAGCGCCAAAAGCCAACCUACCUCUUCUGUGGCAUCUUUGGGAACCUCCACAUCCGCACAUUUCACAAUGAUUUUCAGACAUGCCGAGUUCAGGGAGCAUGGCCAGUGAUUGACAACAAUUACUUAUCUCUGCAAUUGACUAAUGCACCAAUCUCAUCACAUCAUAACAUAUCAGCAAUCAGUAAGGUCACAGCUAUUUUUAAGAACUCCAAGGAAUGCAUAGACCAGAAAGUGUAUCAAGCUGAAAUUGGUAAUGUUCCUGCUGCGUUUGUUGAUGGCUCUGUAAAUGGUGGUGAUAGAAAUGGGGCGAACAGUCUGGUUAUCAAAAGAAAGUUAAAGGCCAGCCACGUGGAGAUCCAGGCAAGUUACAUUGGCACAACUCUGAUCGUGCGGCAGGUGGGACAACAGCUGAGCUUUGCCAUCCUCAUGCCAGAGGAAGUGGCCAGUUCACACACAGAGGAGCAGGACCUGCAGCUUUGCUUAUCAGGAUGUCCGCUAACAGAGAGGCUUCCCUGGAGCUCCCUCCUCCACAAUGCACAAAGGGCCAAAGCCAAGUGCAAGGAGGGUCUCCCAGUCGAAGACGCCUAUUUCGAGUGUUGUGUCUUUGAUAUCCUGGUGACUGGUAAUCCUAAUAUUUCAAUAGCAGCAUUCAAGGCUGUGGAAGACGCAAAAGCUUUAUACCCAGAUAAGGAGCUGCUUCAUGUUUUCAGGAACUGUGUGCCUGGUAGGACAAUCACUGACCACCUUCUACCGUUUGCUUCUGUGCUGUGGAUGCUCUUCUGCAGCAAGAACAUUUUCUUCCAGAUCCUGGGUUUUUAA